AUGUCAGAACGUGAGAUCUCGGAGCGUCUGAUCGAAGCGGCACGCGAUUGUCGCAUCUGCCAUAGCUGCUUCCUUGCUCCUGCUGAGCGAAGACUUGGCUUCCGCGACGAGCCUACUGGGCAAAAUCGUACUAUGGGUUUGUUUCGUGAACCACAAGAGGGUUCGCAGUUGUUCGCCGAUCAGCUCGUUUCAGUCGAGAUCCACCAUGCCGGGAUCGAUCCCUUCAACGCCGGCGAUGGCGAACGCUGUGACGCGCAAACGAAGCGAGCUAGGUCGCGACUAUAUGACCACAUUUCAACAAUUGCCGAAGACCUCUUCGUCGUCCAGCAACGCGUCUUCCUCUUCAUGAUCCUCAUCACCGGCCGCAAAUAUCGAAUCAUUCGUUGGGAUCGAGCCGGUACAGUCGUAACUCCGUCUGUGGACUACUACGAGCAGCCUGCAGCCUUCUGCGAAAUCAUCUCGCGGUUUUCUCAGCUCAGUGACACAGCCCUUGGUUUCGACGCCAGUGCCACUCGAAUCUUCCCCCACGACAUCGAUUCCCUGCGUAUGGACGUCGCCGCCCUUGCAGAUACCAGCGACAUAGAUCACUCGGAGCGCGAGUUGAAGGAUGGCGAUCCAGGAAACUCCUUCACCUUCGCGUACGUGCGAUCGUUAUUUCGUGCCUCGCUCUCGUCCGACUGGCCGCGGUUCAAACUCUGUGUCCCUGACGGUGACCAAGCACGCGAGUAUCUCGUAGGCAAGCCCACCUUUUGCGAUACCGAACUUUUUGGUCGAGGCACACGGGGCUACGUCGCCCUUGAUCGCAAAACAAAUCGCUUCGUGUGGUUGAAGGACGCAUGGCGUGCUUCUCACCGUAUCGCGGAAAGGGAAGGUGACGUGCUGGCGAGGCUCAAUGACGCAAGGGUCAAGAACGUCCCCACUCUUCUAUGUCACGGCGACAUCGACGACCAGGUCACAAUCACUGCCGAUUGGUGGGAGCGCAAGUACGCACUCUCGCCUGCCCUUUCCCCAUCUCCUUCGUCGUCGCUAUCCCCGCCCUCUCCCACUCUGAUUGGCUCUCAGACUUCGAGCAGCAAAAAGAGGAAGAGGGUCGACGAGUCGCCUCCAGUCUCAGAGCACGGCGAAGUCAUCCCGAAGCGAACGGCUCAUACGGAUGGACCUCUGAGGCAGCAUAGACACUACAGAAUCGCAGUUGUAGAGGUUUGCAUGCCGCUGAAGAACUUCCAGUAUGGCCAGCAGCUAGUCACGGUCGUAUUGGACUGUAUGAAGGCUCAUCACCAGGCAGCCACCAGGCAGAAGACGCGUAUUCUCCACCGUGACAUCAGCACCGGCAACAUCCUAAUCUACCCAAGGGUCGUGCGUCUCGAAGGGCGUGCUAACCCUUGGAUGAUGUGGACAGGCAUGCUCACGGACUGGGAGCUGUCCAAGCCUAUCGAUGCACAGGAAGCAUCAUCAAGAGCCACCCAGAUGGGACGGAUGGGAACGUAUCAGUUCAUGUCCGUCAACCUGCUCAAACAUCUCACGAAACCGGUGGAGAUAUCCGACGAGCUGGAAUCGUUCUUUCAUGUGCUCCUGCACCACUCCGUUCGUUACCUCAGAUCGAAUUGCGAGAGCACUUCCGGCUUUAUCCAGAACUACUUCGAGAGAUACUCUAGCUCGGGCGAGUUCACGUGUGGACAGAAGUCUAUCACCCUAGAACACACUGGUGUCCUCCGCAACCAGCAACCAUAUGGUCCGCUGGUUUUCUUCAGCCCCAUGGACGACAUCCUCGCCACCAUGCUGAAAUGCUUUCACGCCCAUUACAAGGUCUUGAACUAUGAGGCACGUAAGGCGGCGCCUCCUUCUCCUCCUCCAACACUCCCGACGUCCGGUGCCCCCGAUAACGACUCCGAAGAGGACGACGACGACCUGGUCCCGCCAUUCCCGCUUGUCUCCAUCGGUUAUCCCCAUGGUGACAUCACUAUAUACGGAGACACCCCGUUAGACGACGUCCCUACAACAAAAGAAUUUCAGCGGGCCAAGCGGAUUACGCGUCACAAGUUCCUAUUGGAAUACCUAGCUAAAAUGCGCCUAGACUCACGCUGGUGGAUUGGCGACCGGAUUCCGUCCCCUUCCGCUACCUCGGCCGAUGAGCUCCCGGUUUCCACCUCACCUUCUCGCACUGUCCCGACGUCGACGAGCACGAGUAACAAGAGAAGGCGGUUAGCGAGUCCUGGGUGUGUGGUCUCCAUUCCCGCCCGUCUCCACGAGACCACCAGGCGGGCUCGCGCCACCCCGCGGACCCUUCCGGCGAGGCGUAGGUCGUAG